GUCACACAGUGUAAAAGUGGGUUUUGAGGCGCAUUCAUUGUAUAUUUCACGAACAGCAGCUGUACACAACAGAACAUUCAAUUCCUGCGAUUUUUCCAGAGAAUAAAUCAGUGAAAAUGGAGUCGGGAUUUCCUGGACAGCACACGACUACUACGACAGUCACCACCAGCAGUACAACUCAACAGAGGAAUAUUCGCCUUGAUGUUUCUUAUAUCAGGACACUUCCGGGAAUGCUCAAAGUCGCACAAGUGAUACUAGAUCUAUUAGGAUUUAUCUGCAUAACAGUGUCGAGAUACAGCAAUGACAGCCGUGGGAAUUGGUUCAACACAGUUGCAAUGGGCGGAUUUUGGUUCACCGGUAUUCUCCUCGCACUGUACAUUUUUCACGUGGUUGAAAAAUUCUACCGGAUACCGUGGAUUAAAAUAGAAUUGAUCUUCUGUGGAAUCUGGACUGCAUUUUACCUAUUAGCUGCAUCACUAGCAGCUGAUUACACGUCAAUCAGUGAAGGAUAUGGAGUUGCUGCGUUUUUUGGAUUCUGUGCCAUGUGCCUUUAUGGUUACGACGCCUGGCUGAAGUUCAGGGCCUUUAAAACUGGUGCCCCAGCCCAGGGAGAGCACGAGAUCACAAAAAACACGUCAACAGUAACAUCUCCAGCCUAUUAAUCCAAAAAUUCAAAUAAAAUGAGAAGAAUUGUCAUGCGGAACGUAUCUCCUCGGCUUAAUUGGGGCUUAAUAAUCGGAGAUCAUUAAUCUCUAGAUGAGAUUAAUUAUGUAAUGGCCUUUUGUUGCAUCACUUCGAGAUAUUUAUUGAGCGAGCCAUCGCCUGUUCCUUAUUACUCCUGCAUUUUUCCUCGUCUUCAAUGGCUAACGAUAGAGAUGGGCUUGUAUCAUUAAGACUGUAAGAUAUAUUUUUGCAAAAUGCUUGUGAAUUACUAGUACUUCGUACACUUUUCAAUUUCACACCUGAUAUUUGAUAAUUUAUAGAGGUAAUAUAUUCAUUCGAUCGAUUUCAUUUCAUUGAAAAAAUACAAAUUGAUAUUACUUAAUAUUUAAUUCAUUAAAAAUUAACGAUUUUAGUAUUAUUUUUAUGCAAAAUGCAUUAAGUUGAGAAAUAAAGUGGACCAAUAAAUUUCAACGAAUGCACAUCACUUAUUCAUGUAAAUAGCAGUGCUUAAGAAAAACUGAAUUAUUUACAUAAAUGAAGAAAAGAAAAGAAAAUGGAAAAAAGUGGAAUUUCAGGUUUCAAUUUAAAAAAUGAUAAAUAGUUAUCGAUUUUCAGCAGAAAAAUAUUUGCCACAGCCUCGACAAAUGAAAUAAAGACAUGUAUUAUUUAUUAAUCAAGGAUUAACAUCCUCAUUUAAUGAAUGAUAAUCCUCCCCAUCAAAAGACCACAAUAAAUUGGAUAAAAAAAUGA